UUGAUAAUUGGAUUUAAUAUAAGACAAUAAUUGAUGUUUUAACUUCUAUGUUCCACUUUCAAUUUUGAAUUUAUACUAUUGUUUUUGUCUAUUUAGUAUUUAUGGUGUUAUGUUACCGUAGCAUGUAUAUGACGUAUUAAAUCACCAACAAGUCUUAAAUUGUUCGACUGUGUUCGUGUAGUUGUAGUGUUGUAAAAAUCAAAUUAUAUCUAAUAAAUAAAUCACUAUUUUAUUUAAGUUUAUUAAUUUUGUCUUAAAAACCACUUCCGAAUUUACUUAUACGAUAUCAACAGAGGCGGAUAAAAAAUAUGGAGGAAUUGGAUUACGAGAAGAGUAAAAACUAUUGGUCCAAUGUGCCUGCUUCAGUAAAUGGUAUGCUCGGUGGUUUCUCCAGUUUAACGACUAAGGACAUCAAGGAUUCUGAUCUCUUUCUUAGAAAAUUGUUCCAAAUGGAAAACGCUCCAUCCAAUGGACGAGUGUUAGACUGUGGUGCUGGAAUUGGCAGAAUAACUAAAAACCUAUUGUGUAAACACUUCAAGCAUGUUGAUAUGCUCGAACAAAACAAAAAUUUUUUGGAAAAAGCAAAACUGAAUUGUUCAGGGUCUAAUGUAGAAAACUUCUAUUGUUCUGGAUUACAAGAAUUCACACCUACCGACAAUCACAAAUACGAUGUCAUAUGGAUCCAGUGGGUUCUUGGUUACAUUACAGAUGACGAUUUGGUCGAGUUCUUAAAUAAGUGUUGUAAAUUGUUAAACCCAAAUGGCGUUAUAGUUGUUAAAGAAAACAUUUCUCAAGAGGAAGAAGGAGAAAUAGAUUCAGAAGAUAGUUCAAUAACGAGAAGCAUUUUACAGUUUUGCAUUAUAUUCCAGAAAGCAAAUUUAGUAUGUAAAGCAAGUAGAACACAAAAAAAUUUCCCAUCAGAAUUGUACAAAGUUGAAAUGUUUGCAUUACAACCAGCUAAUAAAUAAGUUUAUUAAUAAAUAUGUUUUAUUUCAAA